AUGGCGUUCCAUUCAUAUACAACGUCUUUAGUGGCAGCCAGUCAACUUGGCCGCCAUGUUCCUUUAGCUUGUAGUCAACGCUUUAUUGCUUUACCUUGGACACGAAAAACGAUUGGAAUUUGGAAAUUGGAUAAUGUUGAUAGCCAAGAUUUAAGUAAUACCGUUCCACAGGAGUUAACUGGUCAUAGUUCCUCGAUUUUAUUACUGGCCUUCAAUCGCGAUCCAGUGGAAGUGCUACUUUGUUCGGCAUGUAGCAGAUACAUUAUUCUUUGGGAUAUGAAUCAAGUUAUUGCAGAUGCGGAUGUUGAAUCAACAAGCCAAGGCACCAUUAUUUAUUCAGAUUUUAAUGAACCGUCAUGUCUGUGUAUUAGUUCAAAGAAUGAUAUUGUCGCCGUAGGAAUUUCUAAUGAUAUUAUCCUUAUUAAUUUAAAGGAAGAUCAUGCUAUUGAUAUCCUAGUAGGACACACUGGUAGGAUUACAGCUACAGAUUUCUCUUAUUGCAGUGAAUUUUUAUUGGUGUCAUCAUCGGAAGAUAGAACAUUUAAAGUAUGGGAUAUUUAUGAAAGAACCUUGCUGUAUGACUCGGGUGUAUUAUCAACAUGUCCUUUACUUUCCCUGGCUUUAAACCCGCUAAAAGACCAAAUUAUUAUUGGUGAUGCUGAUGGAAAGAUAAGAGCUUAUGAUGUUGCUUCUACGUAUCGGAGCUGCCGUUGUUUACAAGUACUAGAUCUCGAGCAACGACUUCGUAAAAGGAAAGAGCUAACUGACGUUGAAAAUUUAGAAAAUGCUGAUACUUCGCCUGAAUAUGGUGACCCUGGAGUGGGAGUUAUUGCGUUAGCUGUAAUUAAUUCGCAGAACGUGGUAACUCUAUUACGUGAAAGACACGAUAAUGCCGCAAAGUCUGUAAUAUCUUAUACAUCCGUGAUCGAGCAUGUUAUAAGAGAUUCCGAAGUUAUAUAUGCAGCAACUACUGGAGCCAUUGUAGUAAUUGAUGGCUGUACCCUAUGCAUUAGAAAUGUUUUUGAUUUAGCUGACCCUCAAGUUGAAGAAUCAAGAGAAAAGAUACCUCCUGAUUUACGCCUUAUUGGAUCUUGUACUUUUUCAGCAAUACCAAACGAUAAUCAGAUCCGAUGUCUGUUAUGUGGUUUGCUUCAAAAUGUUGUUCACGUAAUACAACUGGAAAGAAGCGAAUCUCCUGAUAGUGACGGAACAGUCAGCAUAAUAUCAAAUUCUCCUUUAGAUAAAAAUUCUCCACUUAAAGCUGAACUUACAUUAAAGCCAAAACCACCGAAUAAGAAGAAACCGAAUCCUACCCCCAGUCGCAAUACACGGAAAGGAUUAGUUGAUAAGCCGCUCACCUUUAAAGCUAAGAUUAAAUCCUCGGGAUAUGCGACAUCUUCAGUCAAUAAAAUGUUUCAGCCACGGACAGAUAUGCAUAAGAAAACUAUAGUAGCUAGGAACAAGGUGGAAGCAAAUGGUCCCAUAGUUAGGGAGGAUUAUCCGAUCGACUGUCCGGCAACUACGUCCUUAAAGCAUAAACUAUAUUUAUCUCAACCUGGAACUGGUAUCAACAGUUUAAAAUUUUCCGGUGAUGGCUCACAGUUAGCUUGUGUAUCAGCUGAUAAAUCUAUACAGCUUUUAAAAAGUAACCAUCCAGACAAGUCAAAUAUUACCUUUACAGGCCAUGAUCGUCCUAUUGCUUCCGUAAAUUGGAAUCGAACAGGGCAGUUUUUGCUCUCGACUUCUAUGGAUAAAACAGCCAGAAUUUGGUAUAACGAGUUAAAAGAGCCUGUAUUAAUUAUUUCCAAAGACUCACAUAAUUUUAAAGCGGAAGCUAGCAAUCACGAAAAUAAGCCAUUCACCAAGGAUAUCGCCCAUGCGGCAUUUUACUAUAUGGAUAAAUUUUUUAUGUUGGCGUCUGGUAACUCAUUGUAUUUAUAUAAAUACCACUUGGAUAUAGAUAAACUGGACGACGUUAAAAGAUAUCAAAAUAAUAAUCGUUACAAAUUGGUUACCAAACUACAAAUUGAUUCUUCCCAAUCUAUUACAACUUUCGAUUGUGCGAACGAAUUUUAUUCCUAUAUUGUCGUUUGUGGUUCUUCAAGCAAAGGUCUAGAAAUUUUUGAUAUGAAUGUCUCUAAAUGUAUUCAAGUUAUUCCUGAAGCCCACGCAAGAUCUAUGCAUACAAUUUCCAUUAAUAAGGGAUCUACCUAUGUAGCCCACCCUAGUCGCGCUUAUAAUCUUGUAUUAACAUCAGCUGUAACAGAUGGAAUUAAGCUAUGGGACCUAAGAACUUCUAAAUGUGUCAGACGUUACGAUGGUCAUGUUAAUCGGUCACAUCCAGUAGGAGUUUGUAUGAGUCCUUGCAUGAGGUAUAUUGCCACGGGUUCAGAAGAUAAGACGGCCUACUUAUAUGACGUAAGAUCGAAUACUUAUUCCGACCGCUUAACAGGUCAUCGCGAUGUGGUAUUUGAUGUAGCAUUUAAUCCUAGGCAACCUCAGCUUGUGACUGCAUCGCUGGAUGGACAACUGCGCUUCUAUAUUCCGUAA